AUGAAUCAACACUCCCCCACAUCGUCCUCCGGCCCAGAAGACGCCGCCGAAAAUACCGCGGACGAGGAGGACUCUGAAGAUUACUGCAAAGGUGGAUACCACCCUGUCCAAAUUGGAGAGAAAUUUAAGGAUGGAAAAUAUACGGUUGUACGAAAACUUGGAUGGGGCCACUUCUCAACGGUCUGGCUUUCGCGAGAUAACACGAACGGUAAGCACGUCGCAUUAAAGGUCGUGCGAUCCGCCAGUCACUACACUGAAACCGCGAUCGAUGAAAUCAAGCUACUCCAGAGAAUCGUCCAAGCGAACCCUAACCACCCCGGCCGGAAGUACGUCGUCAGCCUGCUUGACUCCUUCGAGCAUAAGGGGCCGAAUGGAGUGCACGUAUGCAUGGUGUUUGAGGUUCUUGGAGAAAACCUUCUAGGAUUGAUCAAGAAAUGGCAGCAUCGCGGCAUCCCCCGAGAUCUCGUCAUGCAAAUCACAAAGCAGGUGUUAAUGGGCCUGGAUUACUUGCACAGAGAAUGCGGAAUCAUUCACACAGAUCUCAAACCCGAGAACGUUUUGAUAGAGAUCGGAGACGUAGAGCAGGUAGUGAAGAAGGUGGUGAAGAACGACAACUCGGACAAGGAAAACAACAGAAACGGAAGGCGGAGGAGACGAACCUUGAUUACCGGCAGUCAGCCGUUACCGUCGCCCUUGAAUGCGAACUUUAAUCGGGACAACCUCUUCCCAUCGACUAAAUCCCACAGCAGCCUCAACGCUAUGUUACACGACGCAACGCCGAGUUCGUCUACCAGCGAUAGGCAGGGUCAGAGGGAAAAGACAGCUGAGCUUCUUACUAAGGAGGUGUCUGGGAUUUCUCUUGACAAGUCCGCGACCGGCGAUACAGCUUCUACCAGCGAAAAGAGGAAGCGGAAGCGGAAAGGGCCAAUUAUUAAUGUCAAGAUUGCGGAUUUGGGAAAUGCUUGCUGGGUCUCUCACCACUUCACGAAUGAUAUCCAGACAAGGCAAUAUAGGUCACCAGAGGUUAUACUGGGUGCCAAAUGGGGCGCAAGUACUGACGUGUGGAGCAUGGCCGCCAUGGUAUUCGAGCUGAUCACUGGUGAUUACCUUUUCGAUCCUCAAUCAGGAACUAAGUACGGUAAAGACGACGAUCAUAUCGCACAAAUCAUCGAGCUUCUUGGGCCCUUCCCCAAGGAACUCUGGAAGACUGGUCGCUGGUCCCAAGAGAUCUUCAAUAAAAGGGGAGAGCUUCGUAAUAUCCAUCGAUUGCGACACUGGGCGCUACCCGACGUCCUCCGUGAAAAGUACCAUUUUAAGGAUUAUAAGGAUUUGCCGCCCAAGGAGCGGGAGGAGAAGGAGAAAGCUCGGAGAGAUCGGGCUGAGGCCAAGGCUAGGGCUAAGAUGGAAGCCAGGAAAAACGGCGAAGACGAGGAUGCUGUAGAGGAGCUCUUCCCUGACGAUGAACCUGCUCUCGAGUACCAGCCCAGUGAGGUGUCUGAGUUCCUCCUUCCGAUGCUCGAGUUACUACCCGAAAAACGCGCGAAUGCUGGCGGCAUGUCUAAUCAUCCGUGGCUGGACGACACGCCGGGUAUGGAGGACAUUAAAAUAGAAGGACUCGUACCCGGAAGUAAAGGCGAGGGUAUCGAAGGCUGGGCCUGUGAGGUGAAGAAGCGGUAGAGUCUUUUGUUAUAUGUCGCUAGUUCUCGGUAAUGGUGAUAAUGAUACAUCGGGUUUAGCCACGGGAAUAGUUGCGGGAGAGAGACACGACCAGUCCUUUUUAGUCAAGGAAAGAGAAAGAAAGAAUCUAACAUAGAAACGGGCUUCGAUCCAAUGAUUUACGACUCCGCUUCCGGUAGCAGAGAAGAGAAGAGAAGAGAAGCGAAGAAAAUUUGUGAAAAGCGAGAGCAAUACAAGUUCCAGGAGUAAUGUGUUUAUUAUAGUAGAACCUGGAACAUUAUUUUUUUUUAAAAAAAAUGGUUUCCUCGUUUCCUGGAAUUCUAUGACCAUUUAUUCCUUGAGAAUUAUUUCCAUAUAAGGGGUAGGGGUAAUGAAUGUGAUGAAUUGGUGGUUUUGGGGGGCAUAAGUACCGAUGUGUGUGUGCCUUGGAACUUUGCCGAUGGUGUCAUGUAAUAUUAGCUCCCUGGGUAUCUGAGGUACCUGUCUUCCUAGGUAUAUAUAUAUAUAGCUCUUCUUAUACAGCCAGCUUGACUCAUAUUACUACCUAUCUAGUCUUACCUUAAAGGGACAGGAGUUUGAGCUGGACAUGCUGAGAUGCAAGGUUUGUUUGUAUAAGGCAGGCAACUAACUAGCUU